AUGGACGAAACCGGUAUAAUGGAAGGUCCUAUAUUGGUCAGCUCCGUCUGCCCCAGAGCACCCUCAAAGCAACCGGGAGGCCAAGCAGAAACGCGAGGGCACUUUCAGGCAGCGCAAGCCCGGCGACAGUCUCCGCCUGUCUCUAUUCCAGAGGUUGCAUCGCCUGCUCCUCUUCCUGUUUGCACCACUGCCCCGACGCAAGGCUCCGCGGCAUCCUACAACCUCCCAACCUACUCCACGUCACUGCCGUCGGACCCCCAAAUACAGCCGGCUUUUUCAAACCCCUACAAACAGCAGCCGUACCUGCAGAAAUACCAACCUGCAUACCCCACAACCAUGGUGCCAGGAUUACCUUCACAUUAUGGGUUAGCUGUGCUGGGUGACGAAGCAGUAACGGCGCUAACGCUCCCACAUAGUCGUGUCAACCUUGCAUCCCAUGCCCAGCAGCAUCGCCAACAGGCACCCGGUCUUAUGUACGCGAACGCGAUGUCAAUCAUGGGCUCGGGAGCUGGCUUUUCGCCGCCGCACCACCCGUGGGUUCCUCACUAA